GAAAGUGUGACAUACAUUAGGGUUUGGGGGUUGUCUGAGAUUUGUGACGGGGUCGAGAGAGGGGGUGAAAAUUAUCCACAAAAUCGCCUGACAUACAUGGAUGUAUUUUUAUGCACACAACUUUUUAUUGUUCACAUAUGCACACAACUCUUGACUGUUGACAUACGCACACAACUUUUUAUUGUUGAUAUACGCACACAACUUUUUACUGUCGACAUACACUCACAACUUUUUAUUGACAUACGUACACAACUUUUUAAUGUCGACAUACGCACACAACUUUUUAUUGACAUACGCACACAACUUUUUACUGUUGACAUACACUCACAACUUUUUACUGUUGACAUACACACACAACUCUUUACUGUUGACAAAUGCACCCAGCUCACAAAAGGUCUAGUUCAUUGGGGUCAAAAUAAAAAGUUGGAUUUCCUUGUGGUGACAUCCUGGUUUGUUUCUUUUAUUAUUGUCUCCAUUUGGUUGUUUGGUUGUUUGCGGUCGCUCCCAGUAUGGCAAGACACAAGAUGACUGUGUUGACAGCAAGGUGACUGUGUUGACAGCAAGGUGACUGUUGUCUAGAUGACUGUGUUGAAAGCAAGAUGACUGUGUUGACAGGAAGAUGUUGCAGUUUUAUUUUAAAUAUGACCAUAAAAUGCAUGUUAAAUUAUAGACAGGGAGUGUUAAUAUCGCGCAAGAUUUCUAUUAAAUUUAAAUGUUAUGGUAUUCAAUAUUGUUUUUAAAAAAAUGCUAUUUUAAACAUAAUAUACUUAUACCUGGACCAUACUCACUGCACCAUCAUAGUCACCUUGCAAUUCAACACUCGUUUCUCUGUACGUAAUAGUGAAUGAAGUAUUC